UGCUGCAGCAUGACCUUUCACUGACCCACUCUGGAAGAAGCGCAGCUUCCUCAUGUGCAUCCUUUUCUUUAAGUUUGACCCGCGACCUGUUUCCAAAAAUGCAUACAGGCUUAUCCUAGCAGCGAAUAGAGAUGAAUUUUAUCUCAGACCAUCAAAAUCGGCAGACUUCUGGGACAGCAGCAAUGAGAUCCUUAGUGGCUUGGAUAUGGAGGAAGGGAAAGAAGGCGGGACCUGGCUUGGAAUCAGCAAGAAAGGCAAGAUGGCGGCCCUGACAAACUACAUGCAGCCAAAGAUAGCCAAGGAUGCAAAAGGGAGAGGUGCCCUUGUGACAAACUUCUUGACGACAGAGCUGGACAGUUACUCUUACUUGAAGAAAGUUGCCUCAGAAGGACACCUUUACAAUGGAUUUAAUUUAAUAGCAGCGGACCUGAAAAGUAGUGCCCACCCAAUUGCUGACAGUGGAGGAAAAAAAACAGAAGAAGCAGGCACAGGCUCCGGUCGGUUGAGUCGUCUGAACAGCAAGGCAGGUCUCCAUGGAAGGAACACCAUCAAGGGAGAUGUAAUUUACUAUUACGGAAGCAAAGGAGACCCUGAGCCUGUCUUCCUAAAUCCCGGGGUUUAUGGCUUGAGCAAUUCUUUGCUGGAUACUCCAUGGAAGAAGCUUCAGUUUGGAAAGCACCUCUUCACAGAUGUUGUCAAGCGCAGUCAAGACCUCACCAAGGAAGACCUGGUGCAAGAGCUCAUUAAAGUAAUGAACAACCAAGACCCACAAUUGCCAGACCCAGCAAUUGAGGAUCAGGGAAAAGACUACAUCCUCCCCAUCCUGGACAAGUAUGCAGCUAUAUGCGUCCGUUGCCCAAAUUAUGGAACCAGAACAAAUACAGUCAUUCUCAUUGAUGCCGAAGGCCACGUCACAUUCACCGAGCGCACCAUGCUGAAUGCGGACGUCGACCAAUGGAAAACGAGCACCUAUCAAUUCAAACUGCAGAUUUAACAGCUUUCCGUCUGAAUGGCUUGCAAGAAAAGGAAAGAAGCACAAGCUAUUGAAGUCGGGGCAGGGGAGGCCUUAGAAUCGGGCCUUGGAGAGCAAGCGCUCGUGAAUGUGGCUGUAGCCUCCCCUAGCAACCACCAAAACCGUUUUGCACAAAAGCCAAAACAUUUUUUUUUAAACUAUAUAUAGAAACCAAGCUUUGCAGCGGUUGCUGUGUUAGACUUUCUGAAAGAACUCUACUGCCCUGCAAAAUUACCUGGAGCAAUUAUGGUAUGGGAUACAUAGGAGAUGAUUCUCAUAAUUUUUUUUUCUUUUCACCAGUAGCUUUGGGAAACAAAAUUAAGAAUCCGCAAUGUGAAUUUUAAACACAAGAAUAACAUUGAUCUGCUGAGCAGGAUCAUUGCAUUCCUUUCAGCAUUUGGGUGAAUUCAGUUUGGUGUGGUGGUUAAGUGCAGGGACUCUUAUCUGGGGGAACCGGGCUUGAUUCCCCACUCCUCCACUUGCAGCUGCUGGAAUGGCCUUGGGUCAGCCAUAGCUAUUGCAGAGGUUGUCCUUGAAAGGGCAGCUUCUGUGAGAGCCCUCUGAGCCCCCCCACCUCACAGGGUGUCUGUUGUGGGGGGAGAUUGUAAGCCGCUCUGAGGCUCUGAUUCAGAGAGAAGGGCAGGGUAUAAAUCUGCAGUCUUCUUCUUCACCACCUUUUGGCAUCCCAAGCAGACCUUGACAUUGAAACGAGCAAAGAAGCUCCUGCUCACAUGGAGCUCUAUGCUUGCUCUGGAGCUCUGCGACACUUUUUUUUUUUUAAAAAAUCACCACCUAAAAUGUCUUUUUUAACAACUAGCCUGUCAGUGUUUUGAGCAGUCAAGACACUUUUGAUUUUAACUAACUCCCUCUUUUUUUUUUUUUACACACUUCUCAAUAAGAAUUUAUUGAAAAUCAGUCUGUACCCUUUCUGCUUUUAAGAUUAAAAAAAAAGCCUUAAAAA